CACACACACUGCUCGAAGUGCGAACCCCGUCGGCGGUCGCGAGCUCGCAGCCGGCGUCCGGCGGCGUUCGGUCCCCCUCGUCCGCAACUUCGGCGACACCCAAAUUCCCACCGAGGGGGGAAAAAUGGAGGCCUCGUCGCCUCGCCGCAAGUCACGGCCUCCACCGCCGCCAGAGGCCGUGGCCUCCCUCCCGCCGGAGAUUCUCGAGCAGGUCCUCUCCUCCCUCCCGCUCCGCGACGCCGUCCGCACCUCCGCGGUCUCCCGCGCCUGGCGCCGUCUCUGGGAAUCUGCUCCCGGCCUCGCUCUCGAGUGGCGUCCCGGCACGGACGCCGCCGUGGUCGACGGCGUCCUCCCGCGCUACUCCGGCCCCGUCCGCAGCUUCGAGUUCGACCUACACCAAGGGUCGUUCUGGCGCGCCGACGACUGGGUCCCCCACCUCGCCGAUAAGGGAGUCCAGAUCCUCAAGCUCCACUUCAGCUAUGAUAGUUUUUCCCCCUCCGCCCACUACAUGGACGCUUCCAUCUUCUCCUGCCGCGAGCUCAUCAGCCUUGACUUAAGUGGUGGUUGUAAGAUCCUGGCCGCCCCAUCGGGAUUAGCCAGGUUCCCGAAGCUGACCAGGUUAUGCUUACGGGAAGUUGGAUUCCUGGGUAAUGGGGGUGAGGGUUUUGGAGGCGUUGAUUGCUGAGUCGCCGAUGCUUGAGAUUGAAGAUCUUCCAUCUAUUGAGGAAGUGGUGAUCACAACAUAUGACGACACUGAUGGCCGUGAUUUUGUGAAGCUACUCACUGGGUUGGCCCGAGUGAGGAAACUUAACCUUGAGAUACAGUUGAGGAGGUUCAAUACUCUGGAGGGACUGUCAUGUUCCUUUGAGAACCUAAAAAAGUUGACACUGCACACGGACUUCUGCGCAUUACCUACCAUCUUAUUUACACUAUGCUUACUAAAAAAUGCUCCGUAUCUUGAAAACUUGUACUUUAAGAUCAUGUGGGGCAAAACUCAGGAUGUUGAAGUGGUUGUGGACCUUCUCAAUGCGCAGUGGAUUGGAGGUUCGUUUGGCAAUCUUAAAAAUGUAACUAUGGAUCGGGUUGCAUGCAAGCCAAAGGAGACGAUGCAUUUCAUUGAGUUCGUGCUAUCCAAAGCACCACGACUACAGGAACUUCAUGUUAUUCCAGUUGAUGACUAUUGUCCAAAGUCCAAAGAAGAGUUACUUGAGGAGAUAAUAAAGUAUAGAAAAGCGUCUCCACAAGCAAAGCUCUUCGCCAGUCGCAUAUAGAUGGCAAACUACUCCCUGAACGUCGUGUAUUUAAAAAUGGACGGAGUACCUUUUUUUUUUUUGCAUUAUCUGCAAGAUUGCAGAAUGUUUAGGGUAUCUUUACAAUUUGCGUAGCCGAGUAUCGCGAGAUUUUUUUAAGUGGAUCCACGAAUUCUUUUUGAAUAGAAAGUCAAUGUAUCUAACCAAUUAUUUCACAGGAGUACUAGCUACUGAAGGUUAUUUCAGAAUAAAAAAAAGUAAAGUCAAUCAUUUAGCUUA